GGCGGAGGGAUAUGACACCGUUUGACAGGUUGUUGUGUUAGCAUGCUGCUGUUAGCUGCUCACAGGUGACAGGAUGGAAAAAGAAGUUUUUAGGUGUGUUGAAUGUAACGAAAAAGCCGCAGAGCUCCACAGAGAUUACAGCAACGGGAUCCUGAAAAUAACCAUAUGCGAGUCCUGCCAAAAACCAGUGGACAAGUACAUUGAAUAUGACCCCGUUAUCAUCCUCAUCGAUGCCAUUUUGUGCAAGACGCAGGCUUUUAGACACAUUUUGUUCAACACAAGCUUGAAUAUCCACUGGAAGUUGUGUGUGUUCUGCCUGCUGUGUGAGGCCUACCUCAGAUGGUCUCUGCUCCACGGCUCAGAGCAGAGCAGUGACCCGGCUGACAUCAUCCGAUACACCAAGGAAUGGGAGUUCUAUGGCAUGUUUGGAUUGGCUGCUCUUGAGCUCUCAGCGUUCUGCGGCAGUGUGCUGUGGUUCCUUUGGGUGUGGGUUGGUUGUAUUCAGGGUGGGGCUGUAGAGCUCAGUCUGCUCCUCAAAGCUCUGCUCCUUUCCUGCUACGGCAAAGUCCUGCUCAUCCCUGCAGUCAUCUGGGAGCACGACUACUCUCCACUGUGUCUGGGCCUCAUCAAACUGUUUGUGCUCACCUCAAACUCACAGGCCAUCAGAGUGAUCCUGAACAGCAGCAGACGCCUGUCACUGAUGGCAGUUUGUUUGGGCCUGUUGUCAGAGACCUGUGCUGCUCAGGUCUGUAAGCAGCUUCCAUCCAGCAUCCAGGACAUGCUAACAUUUUAAUGAAUGCCUCAACCAUCAGACUGAAAUGUUAUCUCAGGGAUAAACAAGUCAUUGUGGAUAUAAGCCUCGUGGACUUUGUACAUGUGGGACUGAAGGAGGGAAAUUCCGUUUUUGGAGUGGAAUUCUUCAAGUUCCCCUUUUAGCGUUUUAUUUUUUCGAUGCUGCUCUUGCCAAGCAUCUGCUUCCCUUUAUGUAAAACCACCUAAAAACAUGAAAUGCAUCACUUCUUAUGUGAUUGAUACUACAUGUCGUAAAAGGUCAAAGUAAAGGCUUCAUGAAAAGCUGCAGGCUCAGAUAUCGCGACACUGCUCAACUUGAGGCGCUAUUUCUACUUUUCUGUGCUCUUCACAGAAAAGUGAAGAUUCAGGGGCGAUUUUCAAGACUGGCAUAAUUUAUUAAAAAAGUCCCAGGAAGGAGGAAUUGCACGCAAACGUACCCUGAUCCAAGUUACCGUUAAACAUGCUCUAGUUCCUCUGCUGCUCUCUAGGAAAGACACGAACACAGAGCCUGAGGUCUGACAAUAACUACUGCUCUGUUUGGGCACGACCCAGGCAGCACUCCUCACAUUCUUUAGCUCAUCAGUGAGAUUCUUACCUAAACUCCCCCUCUCACACACACACUUAAAUAUACAACCACAGGCUAAAUUGUGAGGUUAAACAGGAAAGAAUGAAGCAGACUUUUUCAAGAUUUUCCAGUCAUUUAUUACUGUUUAAAGCUCCUUCACAUGUGCCUGUUACAACAAAGGAGCUGCUGAGGUUAAAGUUGCAGCCUGUAACCUCUAUUUUGUCUUGACAACAUUACCAUGCCUGCAACUGAUGAUUAUUUUCAGCAGUGAUUAAAACAAUUUUCUUUCUAUAAAAUGUCAGAAAAAUGCGAAAAAUGUCAUUCACGUGUUCCCAGGAACUAAUGUGACAUUUUCACGUUUGUUUUGUCUGAUUAACACUCCAACAUUCCACUUCGAAGAUUUUAAAACCAAGACGAGAGACAAAUGUAGUUAUUUAGUUCUAUUGUGGUUUAAAAAAUGUAUUAUCAUGAAAAACAAAUUAAAGUAAAUGAAAUAUU